AUGGAUAAAAGAGCUACAUUGCGUGACGCCCUACACAACGCAGUGGUCGAUAUACUUUGUCGCCCAUUGAACUUAUCAGCUAUUCUGGAAAACUUACAGGCCGGUCAGGUUGCAGAGACAUCUCUCACCAUUUUAGGCGUAUCCAAUGCCACACACACCCUGCAAGACGCACUAGAACCUGCAUCAUUGCAUAUACUUCCCGAAAUGGCAUUCGGGAACAGCAAAAAAUACGGCGAGAGUUUUGCGAUCAUUGGCAUGGCUGGGAGAUUUCCUGGUGGUGACAACCUGGAUUCAUUUUGGAAGACCCUUGAAGAAGGUAUGGAUCUUCAUCAACAGAUACCGGCCAGCCGCUUUGACAAGGAAACUCACUACGAUACAACUGGUGAAGUUCCUAACACUACCUUCACUCCCUAUGGCUGUUUCCUCGAUCACCCAGAUCUAUUUGACGCCCGCCUAUUCAAUAUGUCUCCAAAGGAAGCCGCAGCUACAGAUCCAUCUCAGCGGCUCUUGCUCAUGACGACAUAUGAAGCAUUACAAAUGGCCGGAUAUGCACAUGACAAAACUGUGUCUACCCAAUGCGUCGGGACAUUUAUCGGUCAAACUAGCGACGAUUAUCGUGAGGCGAAUGAGGGUCAGGACAUCGGCAUCUUUUGGACCCCGGGUGGCAUGCGCGCAUUUGGGCCUGGGCGGCUGAACUAUCAUUUUGGGUGGGAUGGCCCCAGUUACAGUAUCGAUGCCGCAUGUUCGUCCAGUAUGGCUGCUGUUCAGAUUGCGUUGACUACGUUGAGAAAUCGUGAGUGUGAUAUGGCUGUUGCUGGCGGCGUGAACAUCAUGACAUCCUCAGAUCCUUAUGCUGGCUUGAGCCGCGGAGGCUUCUUGUCGCUCUCAGGAUCGUGUAAAACAUGGGAUGCUAAUGCUGAUGGCUAUUGCCGUGGAGAAGGCGUGGGCGUUUUGGUGAUCAAACGACUGGAGGAUGCCAUCGCAUGUCGGGAUCCCAUCCAGUCCGUUAUCAGAGGAAUAUCUACCAACCAUUCGGCGGAGGCGAUUUCAAUUACCCAUCCGCACGCCCCAACACAAGAGAGAUUAUUCAGGACCGUGCUCCGUGAUGCCGGGGUAGAUGCAGCCGAAGUUGACUACGUUGAGACGCACGGUACUGGAACCCAAGCUGGAGACAGCAUCGAGACCACUGCGAUCGCUGAAACAAUGUCGGCCCGGAGCAGCAGCAACCGUCCCAUGUAUAUCGGCACUGUUAAGCCCAACAUUGGCCAUGGAGAAUCAGCAUCAGGGGUCGCAUCCAUCAUUAAGUCUCUGCUCAUGUUCAACAACUCUAUUAUCCCGCCCCACAUCGGCAUCAAGGGCACCAUCAAUCCCAAGAUUCCGACUCAGAAGCUUGAUAGCCUUAAUAUCCGAAUUCCCACUACUAAGCUACCGUUUCGUCCAGGAACAAGGCCACGAAGAAUUUUAGUGAACAAUUUCAAUGCCGCCGGAGGGAACACAAGUUUGCUCCUCGAAGAACACGCACCAGCUCAACAUGAAUCCGACAUCGAAGCAACAGAUCCUCGCCCGUAUCACAUCGUAGCAGUCUCAGCAAAGACGAUGAAUUCGCUUCAUGGGAACAUCAAGCGUUUGUUGGAAUUUCUGAAAAAGAAUGCCAAUGCCAACAUUUCUGAUUUGGCUUAUUCUUCCACUGCACGGCAAUUUCAUCAUCCAUGUCGGCAGGCAUACAUAGCGACCGACAUUCCGCAGCUGAAAGUAUCCUUGGAGCGCGGGCUUUCUCAAGCGAGCGCACCCCAGAAGAGUUGCCCAAGUCUAGUGUUUUUGUUUUCUGGCCAAGGGUCCCUCUAUCCUGGCAUAGGAAACCAGCUUUACGCGACUUGCAAAGCAUUCAGAGAUAGUAUUCGUGAGAUAGAUGAGAUUUGCAAUAGUCUGGGCCUGCCAUCUGUUUUGACACCCUUCAAGACCACGACGUUUGAUCCUACCAAGGCCAGGUCUUUGCAAGGACAAUUGAUUAUUGUUGCGGUUGAAAUCGCCCUGGCCGCUCUUUGGAAGUCCUGGGGUGUGACUCCGCGUCUCGUCUGCGGACACAGUCUCGGCGAAUAUGCGGCACUCUGCAUUGCCGGUGUGCUAAGUCUGCAUGAUACACUUUUUCUGGUUGGGCAGCGCGGCAAGCUCAUUGAGCAGUUCUGCCAAUCGGGAACACAUGCAAUGCUAGUGGUAAACAUCCACCCUGAGCGACUUCGGCAGUUAUUGUUGAUGGGCUCGUUCUCUUCUUGUGAAGUUGCCUGCUUCAAUGGGCCCGAGUCUGUCGUGGUUAGUGGAAGCGUAGAGGACAUCGGAGCUCUGGACACUUUCUUACGCAACGGCCACGCAAAUCGUACCCACCGCCUUGAUCUUCCGUACGCCUUUCACUCCGCCCAACUUGAGCCCUCCCUGCUGCCAUUUAAUACCUUGGCCAAAAGUGUGCAUUUUAACAAGCCACUCAUCCCGGUUGCUUCAACUUGUCUGGGUAGAAUUGUGUCCGAGUCUGGUGUUUUCGACGCAGAGUACCUUAGCCGCCAGGCUCGACAACCAGUUCUCUUCCAGAAGGCCAUUCAAAGCAUUGUCUCGCAAGAUGACUGUGAUGUUCAAUCCAUAUUUUGGACAGAUAUCGGGGCUCGUCCACUUUGCUUGCCCAUGGUAAAGUCCAUUUUGGGAGAUGGCUCUCUUCAUACACUCCCAUCAUUGAUGCCUAAAAAAGAUGAUUGGCUCACUCUUUCUGAAAGCGUGGUCAAUGCUUACAUUGGUGGUAUCAACAUUGAUUGGAGUUCCUUUCAUCGAGAAUACGAAAAUUUCUUGCAAUUUGUGCCCUUGCCACCCUAUGCUUUUGACCUGAAAAGUUAUUGGUUGCAGUAUGAAGGAGACUGGUUGAUUGCAAAGUCACGCAAUACCAACUCCUUGACGGUCAAAACUCAACAACAGCGGUUCACGCCAACAGCGACUUUACAAAAGAUUGAGCAGGAAGAAUUCGAGGGAGGCGGCGCGAACGUGUCGUUCGUGUCUCACUUGAGUGAUAAAAAUUUCCGUGAUAUUAUAUCCGGCCAUCUCGUGAACAAUACUGCCCUGUGCCCGAGCUCUGCUUACGCCGAUAUGGCAUUUACAGCAGCUUCGUAUAUCUGGGAACGCACGGAGUCAGGCGAACUGCCUGCCAUGGAUGUUGCGGAUGUUGAGGUUCAGAAACCACUGAUUCUGGCUGAGGAGGGUGAUAAGCCCAUAGUCAUCACGGCUUCGAGGGCGCCUCAAUCGGUAUUUGUCACAUUAACCAUCAGUUCAAGGCAAUACGAGAGAGCAGGGUUUCAAGAGAUUGUACACGCACGGUGUGUGGUUCAUUAUGGUGAUGGGAAGAAGUGGAUGUCUCAGUGGGCGAAACAACAAUAUCUCAUCCAAGGCAGGAUUGAUAGCUUGAAGAAAGCUGCGCAAGAAGGAUGCAUUCAUCAACUCAAGCGCAGCAUGGCAUACAAGCUCUUUGCAGGCUUCGUUCAGUAUAGCCAGCAAUUUCAAGGGAUGGAUGAAGUGCAGAUGGACUCUGAGCUUCUGGAAGGCUCAGCCCAGAUUCGCUUUCAACCGACUUUGGUUGAUGGCAGAUCCACCUAUCCUCCCUAUUGGAUAGACAGCUUGGUUCACCUUUCUGGUUUUAUCCUCAAUGUCAGCGAAGCAAUUCCGGAAGAUAUCGUCUACAUCUCACAUGGAUGGGAAAGCAUGCGCAUUGGCACUUCGCUAUCCGAGAAAGGCAAAUACAGAGCAUAUGUCCGCAUGCAACAGUCAGAAACAAAGGAUAUCAUGUCCGGAGAUGUCUACAUAUUUGACGAAGACUGCAAUUGCAUUGUUUGCGUUGUAGAAAAUAUCAAAUUUCGGGCAAUUAAGAAGAGAGUCCUGGGGCUAUUGCUACCUUCACCCGAAGCCGCAACAACACUUGCAUCGCAACAGCCAGUUCAACAACAGUUUGUGAAAGACAGCACCUCACUUGAUCAGAAAACGUCAGUCGAUUUGAAUGACGAUUUGUUCUCCGGGGUGGUUACUUGUAUUUGCAGCGAAACAGGGGUCACGGCGGAUGAGUUGACUGACGGUACUGAUCUCGACGAGAUCGGACUUGACUCUCUGAUGUCUCUAGCAGUUGUGGACAGACUCCGACGAGAUUUUCAGAUGGUCAUACCAAGUUCCCUGUUUCUCUCCUGCCGAAGUCUGGGGUCUCUCCGAACAUAUUUUCAAGAAUUGGGCUCAGCCGAGCAUAAAUCACAAACUUUCUCGGAAUCAAGCACAGAACACAGCUUUCCAUUGACCGGAACCACAAGUGACCCAACAGACGAGUUUCUGCAAUUAUUCUCAGCAAUCGUUUCCAGUGAAACCGGCACGGAUAUCAAGAAAGUCACAUCAGACACCACGUUUGCCCAAGUUGGCAUUGAUUCUUUGUUAGGUCACUCAAUAAUUGAUUCUGUGUACACUAAGACUGGACAACGCCUUCCAUCUUCCUUUUUUUCCCUUUAUCCGACCUUUGCGGAUGUGGAGAAGGCUUAUGGAACCCUUUUAUCACCCAUCUCUUCGAACUUAUUCAGCAGCGACAAUGAUGACACGGCGUCCGAUUUGGUUCCCUUAGCGUCUUGCCAGUCUGUCCUAUUGCAAGGAGAUCCUCAAUCUGCAGCGGCAUCACUCUUCCUGUUUCCAGACGGAUCUGGCUCUGCUGGCUCUUAUGCAGGCCUUCCCGACCUCGAUAUAAACAGCGAAAGCGCUGCAAACACGAGUGUGUGGGGUCUCAAUAGUCCAUUCGUUCUAUGGUCUGAACCAUUCGAGGCCUCACUUGUAUCGAUGGCUGAGAUGUACGCAGCGGAGAUCUUGAGAGUUGAUCCUGAGGGGCCAUAUCUUCUAGGUGGAUGGAGCAUCGGCGGAAUCUUUGCUUUUGAGGCAGCCCGGAUUCUGUGUCAAGCAAAUAAACAUGUUGAAGCUCUUAUUUUGAUCGACUCACCCUGUCCGGGGAUCAUUCCGCCCAUGUCAGAAGAUACGAUUGAUCUACUGGAUAGUUUGAACCUCACCGGAGGCCAUCAAUUACCACGUCAGCGAUGGCACAACAUCCGCGCACACUUCUCGGGAAGUAUCCGCGCACUGCAAAAAUACACUCCACAACCGAUGACGGAUAUUUCAGCACCAAGAUGUCUGGUUUUGUGGGCGGGAAGUGGGGUUUGGGAAUCUUUGAGUGCAGAUGAAAAUACGAAAGCCCUGUCCAGAAAGUCGGGAAACGAAGCGCAUCGAUGGAUAAUGGAUGAAAGGGUAAACCACGGGCCAAAUGGAUGGGAAACUCUCUUGCCGAAGGUGGAGGUAGAGGAAGUACCUGGAGAUCACUUCACCAUAAUGCAAAACCCACAGGUACGUUGGAACAGAAUUGACAAUUUGAUGGCCACUUCCCGCGAGAUACUUACAUAG